CAGCCAAAGGCUGGCGGUCCCCUACGUGGCCCGGACUUCCGCGCGCCGGCGCGGGGGACAAGGGGCCUGGGGACCAUGGCGGGCCCGGACGCCGGCCCGGCCAUACCCGUGUGGCUGGCCGAGGACGACCUGGGCUGCAUCAUCUGUCACGAGCUGCUGGCCUGGCCGACCACGCUGCCCUGCGGCCACAGCUUCUGCCGUGACUGUCUGGUGGGCCUGUGGGAGGCGGGGCGCCGCCGGUCCUGCCCUACCUGCCGCGAGGGCGGCGCGCAGCCGCUGCAGCUGCGGAAGAACACGAUGUUGCAGGACUUGGCGGACAAGUACAGCCGGGCGGCGCACGAGCUGAAGGACAGGGCUCCAGUGCCCGACCCGGCCCCGCGCCCCGCGCCCGGGCCCCGGUGCCACACCGCGCAGCUGCGGGUGGCGGCGCAGAAGAGCAUCACAGAAGUCGGCCGGGAGCUGGCAGAGCUGGUGGACCAGCUUGUUGAUACUGUCAGGAGCCUUCAGAGCCAGAGCUGCCUCCCAGAAUCCGAACCAGACAAGGACCUGAGGACCCUGGCUUCGGCCUUGUCGGAUGGCGUAGACCUUUCCUUGGCGUCUCCAAAACUGGUGACUUCCAACACACCUGAGGCAAAAAUGAGAGACAUUCUCCAUGACCUUAAAAAGAUCCAGGGAAAGUUACAAGAAAAUUUCACCUGGAAAGGGGCCCUCGAAGAACAAAAGCAGGUUGACAUCGCAGAAGCUCUGUCUUCCUCCUCAAGCCUACUCCCUGACCAGAGCCACCUUGUACCCAAGAGGGCCUCCUCGUUUGCUCAAUGGGCCAUCAGUCCAACCUUUGACCUAGGGAGCCUCUCCUGUAGCCUGGAGGUGUCCGAGGAUCACCGGACGGUGACCGUAUCUCACUACCCACAGUCCUAUCCCUGGAGUCCCCAGAGGUUUGCCUCCUGCCAGGUUUUGGGUUCCCAGGGCUUCUCUUCUGGGCAGCGGUACUGGGAAGUGGACACCCAGCGUUGUAGCCACUGGGCAGUUGGGGUGGCUUCCCGGGGGAUGAGGCGUGACCAGAUCCUGGGAAGGACCAGCGACUCCUGGUGCGUGGAGUGGAACGGGGCUAGCCAGCUCUCCGCGUGGCACGUGGUCAAGCAAACUGUCCUUGGCUCAGACAGACCUAGUGUGGUGGGCAUCUGGCUGGACUUCGAGAAGGGAAAGCUCGCCUUCUAUUCCGUGGCUGAUCAAGAGAAGCUUCUGUACGAGUAUCCAGUCUCUGCCUCCUUUGCUCUGUACCCUGCCUUCUGGCUGUAUGGCUUAUAUCCUGGCAACUCUCUGACUGUAAGGCAGGUAAACCUAUAAACGUUCCUUGGGUGUGAAAACA